AUGGCAGGCCGGGGGAAUUUCGGAGGACGGGGGGAUUCGGCAGGGCUGGCGAAUAUGGCAGGAUGGGGGAAUUCGGCAGGGCGGGGGGAUUGGAGGAGACGCGUAGAGGAGGGGGAGAUCGAGGUGCCGUAUUCGACGUUCCCUCCAGGGUCGAAUGAGAAGUUUCGCGAGUGCUUCGAGAGGAAGCUGGCGUGGGACGUGGAGUACCCGAGCGUCAUGCCUGAGCCGUUGUUGGAGAACCCUCCGUCCAAAUUCAGAUUGGAACCCAGCGGGCAUGAGAUGCUGCUGACGCUGAGGAGAUGGAAGGAGAAGCUUAUGGAGGGCUUGGACACGGAUGAACGGACAGAGAUUGAGUGGCAAACGAACCAGGGCUUCAAUCUGACGCCCAUCCAUGUGCGAGUGAGCAUCUGCAGCCUCAAGGCCAUGCGCAGCAGCAGGAAUCGAACCCUGCACUCCAGAGCGGCAGCCGGAACAGGAACAGCAGGAACAGGAGCAGCAGCAGCAGCAGCAGCAGGGGGAGGAGCAGGGGCAUAUGAGGAAGGGGGGGCGCAUGAGGAGCAAUGCCCGAUGAUAACGGUUGACUGCCUGGUGCUGGGCCACUACCACUGGAAGAUCCUCCGAGUGGAGUCAGCAGAUCAGGAGGCUCCUCCUGGCCGCAUACCGGCAUAUGGGCAACCACACCAUUGUUUGAGCCCAGAGUUACAACAAGCAUGGGAGACAUUCUUCUUCCGCCGAGGAUUUACAGGACCGCUUGCGAGCUACAUUAGAAUAUAUCUAGAGUGCAAGGAGCACCAUGAAACUGUGCGCUGGUAUGAUAGGAUGUACAAGUGGUUUUCUAACUAA